AUGAGUCAAACAAUUCGAAGAACAAAAUUCAGGAUAAAGGAUGUGAUUGAUAGCAAUUUAAAUAAUUAAGAAUAAUCAGCUUAAAAAUUAAUCUAGUCUUCAUACAUAAAACAAAAUGUGGAUGACUUUAAUUCUUUAAAAUAAACUUUGGAAGAUCGGAAAUUAACUUUUAUAAAAUUUGCAUUUUAAUAGCAAGAACUUAUAGAAGAUCGAAAUUUAGGUCCAGUUCUUACAGGAUUAUGUAGACAUUAGAAUGUUGGGUCUAUGUCAGUUAGUGAAUUAAUACCAAAGUCUCAGAUUCAUACAUAUUUAUUGUAAGCAUAGUAAGAUAGACCAAAACGAGUAUUGAAACGAUUUGCUCAUUGGGAAUGGGAUAAAGAAUAAGGUAGAGACAAGAAUCCUAUGAAUUAUUAAUUUACAUAAAGAAAUGAGGCUGAAAUAAAAUCAAAGUUGCAAAAGAAGGAUGGAGAAUUAACUUUAAGAAAAAGAAUUUUGUAAAAAUGGUAAAAGCAUUUACCUAGUUUGACAGGACUUAAUGAAUUUGGUAAACAAUUUACAAUGGAUCAUUCUUCAUUGUAAAAGGCUAUUUCAUUAAGUCCAACACCAAAACAAGAGUCAUAUAAUUAAAUAACAAAUUGGUUACAUGAACUUGAAGAAUUAAAACUAGAUAACGAUAGAGUGAAGAAGUAUAAAGUGAUUAAAUUAGAAAAUUGGAAAGAACAUUGGAGAGUUUGCAUAGAAAGUGA